AUGAGUCUUUGGGUUGACAAACAUCGACCAAGAGAUUUAAUGAAAUUAGAUUAUCACAAAGAUCAAGCUGUUCGGUUAAAAAGUUUAGUUCAACAAAGUGAUUUCCCUCAUCUACUUGUUUACGGUCCAUCGGGAGCCGGUAAAAAAACUAGGAUUAUGUGUUUGUUAAGAGAGCUUUAUGGAUCAGGAUCGGAACGUCUUAGACAGGAAACAAUGCAUUUCACUACGCCUUCUAAUAAGAAAAUCGAAAUUAUGACUGUAAGUAGUAAUUAUCAUAUUGAGGUUAAUCCAACUGAUGUCGGUAUACAUGAUCGUGUUGUCAUUAUGGACUUAGUGAAAAAUGUAGCGCAAACGCAUCAAAUUGAUUCCUCUGGCCAACGUGAGUUUAAAGUUGUUAUAUUAAAUGAAGUUGAUGAUUUAACAAAAGAUGCGCAACAUGCUUUGCGUCGAACAAUGGAGAAAUAUGUUUCCACUUGCCGACUUAUACUUAUAGCCAAUUCGAUUUCAAGAGUCAUUCCAGCUAUCAGAUCACGUUGCCUAACAAUAAGAGUUUCUGCACCAACAGAAGCUGAAAUUUCAAAUGUACUACAUAUUGUGUGUAAGAAGGAAGGAUUAAGUUUACCUACAGAAUUAGCUAUGCGUAUUGCAAAGAGUGCUGACAGAAAUUUGCGUCGUGCAUUAUUGAUGUGUGAGGCAUGUAAAGUCCAACAAUAUCCAUUUACAGCUGACCAAAAAGUCCCGGAACCUGAUUGGCAAAUAUUUAUAAGAGACACUGCAAAAAUGGCAUUGUCGGAACAAACUCCUAAGAAACUUGGUGAAGUGAGACAGAAGCUGUAUGAACUAAUAAUACAUGGUAUUCCACCAGAUAUAAUUUUUGCUGGUUUAUUGAAAGAACUGGUGCGUAAUUGUGAUAUGAGCAUGAAAUGUCAAAUUGCAAGUCAUGCGGCUCAAUUUGAACAUAGAAUGCGGCUUGGAAAUAAGCCUAUAUUUCAUCUGGAAGCUUUUGUAGCAAAAUUUAUGGCUAUCUACAAAAAAUUUAUGGAAGAGUCUCUUGGUGAUGUAUUUUAAUAAGAGUUUUCAAAAACUCAUACAUGUUUGCAAUAACAGAAAAAAAAAUGAAAUUUUUUGUUCUUGAUAAUUGUAAUCAAAAAUUUUCAAAAAAAACUUAAAUUUUA